AUCUCCAACUCUCCAUCUCGCAAGCUCAAGCAUUCAAAGCUUACAAUCCCCAUCAUCUCUCACCAAACCGAUAGCAAAGCAACCCCAUACAUAGAAGCUUACAAGCGAAGCAAGCGACCGAGCUAAUGGACAUGGCACCGCCUGCAUCCGCCGUCUCCUUCUCCCCCCGCCCAUCGACGGGAACGACUUUCCGGCCCCGCGCCGCUUCCGCCUCUGGCUCCGUGGGCGCCGGGCGGGUCCGCGCGGCGGUAGCCCCCGAGGGAGGCAAGUGGUGGGCGCCACUGCUCGGCUGGUCUGGGCGGGCGGACUACAUCGAGGCCGCGGCACCGGCGCCGGCGAUGGCGAUGGCGGCGGCGGAGGAGGAGAAGGCGGGGAGGUCGUUCGUGGGCGGCCUGACGGAGGAGAAGGCGCGGCAGCUGCGGGCGCGGAUGGUGGAGACGGAGAGCUUCCACGAUGCCAUGUACCACUCCGCCAUCGCCUCCCGCCUCGCGCGCUCCACCUAGCUAGGCCGCCGGACAGACCGCCAGCCAACCCGCCGACACUACCAGACAAGUUGAUGUGCCUGUGUGUCCUUUCUGCUAUAAUUGUUGUUGUCAUGUGUUAAAGUUUAGAGGAGAGAGGUCGGAAAUGAGAUCUAGUUUUAGGGUUGAUCCAUUCCCUCCGUCUCCGGCCACCGCGACGCUCGCCGGCCUGCUUGUUUUACCGGCGCAGAUGUUUCAAUCUGAUUCCCCGCAUUUGUAGUAACAUUAGGGAUCUGCAGUUAACAUGCUGUCCCAGAUCUGUGAUACUUGUGCUGGAGGCUCUUUUGGUUCUGAACACCGAUUAAUUCUGGAUCUGAA